AUGAAUGAGCUCCAGGAAAGAGCCGGGAAGUAUAUCAAAGCGGAAGAAAGUUUGAAGAAAUCUCAGGUUGUCCAAGGACAAGCCUCCAACUCUAAGAAACGUGGAAAAGACACCGAGUACAAUGCAAAUAGCAAGUAUUCAAAGACUGAAGAUGAUGACAAGUCAUCCACGAAGAAGAAAUCAGGACCGAAGUUCACCAAAUAUGCAAGGCUGAAUGCCCCUACAAGUCAAAUCCUGAUGGAAAUUGAGAAGGAAGGAGGAGUUCGAUGGCCAAAGCCUAUCAGAACUGAUCCUGAGAAGAGAAACAAGGAUCUAUACUGCAGGUUCCACAAAGAUACGGGUCACAAGACCGAUGAUUGUCGGCAGUUGAAGGACGAGAUUGAGUUAUUGAUCCGAAAAGGCAAGUUGUCCAGAUACACCAAGGAGGGGGAUAAGAAUGCCCGAGGCAAUGAUGAUCGAGGGAGAGACAAUGACGAUCGAAGGAAUCAGCCUCGAGGACCUGUGGUUAAUGUAAUUUCUGGAGGACCAACCGCUGCUGGCACAUCUAGGGUGAAGUUCCCCCAUGACGAUCCAUUAGUAAUCACACCCGUGAUCGGGAAUCCAUUUAGGAAAAGAGUCCUUGUGGACAAUGGGGCAUCUGUUGAUAUACUCUUCCACGACGCUUAUGAGAAGAUGGGAUAUGCUGAUUCACAAUUAACACCUUCAGAUAUGCCUAUAUACGGUUUUAAUAACACGGAGACGAAAAUUGAAGGAAUGAUCCAACUACAGGUAACAAUGGGACCCGAGCCUAGACAGGCCACAUGUAUGUUGAACUUUUUGGUCGUUAAAGCCUCAUCAACCUACAAUGCUAUCCUUGGAAGAACAGGGAUACACGCUUUUAAAGAAAUUCCAUCUACUUACCACUUGAAGAUCAAAUUCCCGACUAAGAACGGAGUGGGAGAAGAAAUAGGACAUCAAAAGAUGGCUAGAAGUUUUUAUGCGGGGGCUUUGAAAUCUGGAGGAGUCGGGGGGCAAGUUAUGCCUAUUGAAGAUCUAGAUGUUAGGGGCGAGGAGGAACGAAAAGGCAAGCCUGCCGAGGACUUGGUCCCUAUCUCCCUAUAUCCUGAUGAGCCGGAGAAGGUUACCUUUGUUGGAGUUUCACUCCCCAAGGACUUGAAGGUUGAGUUUGUUAAAUUCUUGAGGAACAACCGUGAUGUUUUUGCUUGGAUAGCUGCUGAUAUGCCAGGUAUUGACCCCUCCUACAUGACACAUAAGUUGAAUGUUAAUCCCGAAAGGAAGCCGAUACAGUAG